CUCCCCCGCCCCCUUAGCUGCCGGACGCACUGCAGAAGGUCAGAGAGAGAAGAGGAGGACCGAGAGGCAGAGGGAGAGACAGGGGUGGGGUGCGUGGAGGUACACGAACAUGCGGAGAGGAGAGCGCGUGGACGAGCGAUGACAGCCAUGCUGAGCCCAAAGAUCAGACAGACCAGGAGAGCCAGGUCCAAGAGCAUGGUGAUGGCUGAAGUCUCCCGGGGCCCAUGCCGGCCAGCCUCCCCCAGCCUCCAGGAGGGGGCGCUGAAAGCAGGCUGGCUGAAGAAGCAGCGCAGCAUCAUGAAGAACUGGCAGCUCCGCUGGUUCGUGCUGCGCUCGGAUCAGCUCUUCUUCUACAAAGACGAGGAAGAAACCAAACCACAGGGCUGUAUACCUCUGCAGGGAUGCCAGGUCAACGAACUCACAGCUAAUCCAGACGAGCCAGGAAGACACCUUUUUGAGAUUGUACCAGGUGGAACAGGGGAGAAGGACCGGGCGGCGAUCAGCCAUGAGUCCUUCCUGUUGAUGGCCAACUCACAGACGGACAUGGAUGACUGGGUCAAGGCCAUACGGCGAGUCAUCUGGGCACCAUUUGGAGGAGGGAUAUUUGGUCAGCGUUUAGAGGAUACGGUGCAGUAUGAGAAGAAGUUUGGCCCCCGGCUGGCCCCUCUGCUGGUGGAGCAGUGUGUCGACUUCAUCAGGGAGAGGGGUCUGGAUGAGGAGGGUCUCUUUCGGAUGCCGGGACAGGCCAACCUGGUGAAAGAGCUGCAGGAGGCCUUUGACUGCGGCGAUAAGCCUCUGUUGGACAGUAACACAGACGUCCACACAGUGGCAUCCUUGCUGAAGUUGUACCUGCGAGAGCUGCCUGAACCGGUCAUUCCCUUCUCCAAAUACGAAGACUUUCUGAACUGUGCACAACUUUUGGCCAAAGAUGAGGAGGAGGGGGUUCAGGAGCUCGGGAGGCAAGUUAACACUUUGCCUAUCCCUAACUACAAUCUCCUCACGUACAUAUGCAAAUUCCUCGAUGAGGUCCAGUCCCACUCCAGUCAGAACAAAAUGAGCAUCCAGAACCUUGCCACAGUAUUUGGACCAAAUAUUCUUCGACCCAAGAUCGAGGACCCGGUCACCAUCAUGGAAGGCACCUCCCUAGUCCAGCACCUGAUGACAAUCCUCAUCAGGGAACACAACCGUUUUUACUCAGGCAGGGACCAGGAGGCUUCCAGCGUACCCCAAACAGAAGUUUCUGCCCAGGGGCCUCAGCUUCAGCAUCGCAGCCUGGGAGCCUGGAUCUCAGAGGAAGACCUCCAGAGUUGCCCGGUGUCCAACCUCGACCAAGAACUGCACAGCAGUGCCUCAUCUCUGGAUGCCAAACUGUGUGCGGCCGUCUCUCCCACCCAGACCGCGAACCUGAACCCUGGACCGAAGCUGGGCUCUCCGUCUGGAAAAGGAGAGACUGUGGUCAGCCCGAGUAAACAAGCAAAGACUAUACCCUCCUGGAAGUACUCUUUUAAAAGCUCCUCGGGCAAGCCGAGCAGCGGCGGAGGCGGCUCCAUGGCCGAUGUUGCCAGUGUACCUUCCGGCGGGGGAGGAGGUGGGGGUAACUGGCUGAUGAAUGGUCUGUCCUCGUUGCGGGGACACCGGCGCACGUCGUCUGGCGAGCGGUCUGCCCGCGACCGGGACUCCACGGGCUCCUCGCAGAGGCUGUCCACCUACGACAACGUAACUUCCUCUUCCAGCAUGGGGAGCGUCCCGAGCGUCACCAGCACGCCGUGGUCCACGUCCUCCUGCGAGAUCUCCGUCCCAGACUCGGGCAGCGAGCCCUCAGCCAACCAGAGCUGCGGCGUAGGGGGAGACGGCGGGGGGCGAGCUGAGUGGAUGGAGAGGCAGAGGGAGACCGACGGAGGGCUGACGACAGACCUGAGCUCCGAGCAGGACAGUUGCGAGGCCAUGGAGCUGUGCGGCAGCAGCGCGGCCUGCAGCGAGAAUGGGAAUGCAGCGUCCACGGCCGCCGGGUUGCCUUCCAUCGUCACGUCCGAGGACGGAGACGAGACUAUGAUGCUGAGCGGCCUGGUGGAGGGUCUGAAGGACGAGUUGAGGAAACAGAAGACGACGUACGAGAUCAGGAUCCAAAAACUAGAAGAGUCCAGUGCGGCUCUGUGUGCGCAGAUGGAGUGCUUGGAACAGGAGAUGGAGCAGGAGAGGAAGAAGCAACGCAUGCUGGAGAUCAAGCUACGGAACUCGGAGCGGGCGCGGCAGGACGCCGAGAAUCGGAACAGUCUCCUGGAGAAGGAGAUGGAGGAUUUCUUUUCCACGCUAGGAGACCUGGCCCUGGGGACGAGGACUAGCGAUAUUUAAAACGGCAUCGGUUUGUGGGCCAAAGAGGUCAGGAUUUUUAUUUUUGGGGGGGAAAGUGGGUCCUCUAAAAGAAAAAAGAAAAGAAGAAAAUAAAAGGAACCCGGACUCCAUUGCCCUCGUCAGAUUCGUCUUCAUCGAGCACCAAGCAAGUUUUAAGUUUCUCACGCAUGCUUGAAAUGGAGUUGAGGAGAUGUCCCUUGUGAUCGCAUGAUCACUCUCCUGUACUUGACCUGUUCAGGUACAGGAGCCUGCAGACUGGUGCAACCUAACCCUAGCCUGGAGAGCACUGACUUUCUCUAAUCACUACAUUACAGUACACUUGAUGAAUGAACUCCUGAGAAGCUGUGUUGAUGCAGAAAGACAGCGGACUAAUUUAGCUUUGAUGCAUUUUGGCAAAUAUAUUUUCUUUCUUCACGAGAGUUGGACAAAAAGUGUGAAAAUAUGUAGAAAGCUAUUUGCUUAACAAUAUGAGUAAAAAUAACUUGAUAACAUGUUAUAUCUUGUAUAUUUAAUUCGUAAUAAUAUAUCCUUGUAUCUAGCUAAUUCUAUUGGAUAUAUUAAUAUUUUGUAGGGAGAUUUUAGUGUGGUUGAGAUAUUUGUGAAGAUGGCUGAACAUGGCUAGACAAACCAGGGCAUUAGGCGCUCCUACCCAUAAGCAUUCUACAGACAUAAGAGCCAUAUCAAACAUCUCAUUCAAACCUGACAGGAAAUAAGUACAUUUCCCAAAAUGCAAUGCUGUUCAUUUUGAGUCAUUUCAGACAAAUUGAACUUGGGUUCACUGCAAUUUCAUUUACCAAGAAGUUUAGUGAACCACCUAGACUAACAGGUUUACGUAUUCUGAAAGGAAAAUGUUGCUGAAAUGGAUCGGAAACCACAUUUAAAUCCCCUGCAUCCGUUUUUGGGGCAGGUGGGUUCUCAGCUAUCUCACAACCUGUGUCUCUGUGGUUUUUUAUCAGAGUAAACUGACCGAUAAACUGUACAGCAGAAGUUCCUCCACUUGCAUUUAUUCUCCUGUAUGCGUGCUGCAGAAUGUGUUUUCCUGGACGUCUUAGAAUCAAACGUGCAUAUCGUAAAACACAAAAGCAGGUUUAGAAAUCUAGAGUUUCCAAACGGUUUCUUCUCGGUGCAAAAAGCUGUGAUGGGAUGGGAACCUCAGCAUCAGCCGUCUCCGUACCUUCUUUUUCCUCAGGCCCUUCCAGUGCCUCUGCACCUCGUCACCAUCUGCAUGGCCUCCACGUCCAUUCGAUGGCAAAGCCUCCGUCCCGCACAGAUGUCAACUGUACCUUUUGAUGUACAGAUAAUGCAACAGGGACAAAACUCCAAGCAUUUUCUGCCCAGGACACGUGGCCCGGUAGGUGAGGGCCCUUUGCAGUACACAGUGAAUACCAAAGCUGGACCCCCUCAGCUGUUCUCUCGCUGUGACCAAGACGGCCUGCAGCCAAGAGAAGCAAUGUUGGUUUUGGCACAUGAAGCUGAGCACUGCCCUCAUAGAAACAAUGGAGUUUCCUGCCUGUGCCUUCAGGGAACUUUUUUCAAAAAGGAAAAAUGUAGCAUUGCUUGCUUGUCCGGGGAUGUAGUGAAUAUAUUCACCCGUAGUACACACAGUAGCUGCAUUGUUGUUGUUUGUAUUAUGGCAACAGCUGAAUAACUUGAUCUGCCUUGAAGGUGCCAAUUCUUGUAAAAGUGAAUUGUGAAUUGAAUGGAAGUUCUGAAUUAAGAAUGUAUCUCUUUAGUGAAUGUAAUGUUGUUGAUGAAACCAGCUAUGAAAAAAAGGCAAAAAAUAUAUAUGAACGACUACCAGAGCGAAAAGGGGAAAAUGUUAAUGGCUGAUGGGUUUCAGCUCUUUGACCUGCAUCCCUGACUCCAAUGGUCUUAAUCUCUUGUCUUACUUACCAAUGUGAUGUAUUAUAUAUCUCUUUUGUGAGGAUUGCAUGUCGUUAGAUUGUUGGAAAUGUCUUCACCAAUCAGAAGAAUGUGGUUGAAGUGAUGCUUCUUAGUUACAGGGCGUGACACAAAGUUUAAUUACAAGUGAAAGUGUGUUUUUGGGUGGACAAUGUGACUGUAUUGUUUCCAUUUUAUAUUUUGUAAAGAAACAAAGGCAACGCUAAUGCAUUGCAAUCUUUUAUUGCACAGGUUUACAAGGUAAUUAUCCUCCAGCACACAAUUUGAUGGUCUAAAUCUAGGGCAACAUCAACGGGACAUUUAUUUCCUAUUGUGUACGUCUCAUGACUGAGGAUAAAUGUUCCUUUCUGCUCUACCGAUUAUCUAUGGUGCUUAUUUAUUAUAGAUCUCCAUUAUUGUAAUGAAUUAACAUGUAUGGAAAUAAAGGUGAUAAAAAACAGUUUAAA